CCCGCACCGGCUCGCAAACCCAUCCGGGAACAACUCUGGGUUCAACCGGAGUGAUUCAAAUAAGGGUUGAGCUUAGGCGAGUGUGUGUUAGAAACACAGCAAGAAUGGAGAAACGCUGCAAAUUCUGGCUUCCCAAGAAGAACCGAUUCUGUGCUAACCUCCCUCUCAAUGAUUCUAUGUUCUGUGGCAAUCACAACCCGAGGUCCGGUAAUGAGUGGAUUGCAUGCCCAAUUGACCCUUCUCAUUCUGUUCUCAAAGAAAAUCUUGAAGGGCAUAUGAAGAGAUGCCCAUUAUUGAAACAAGUUCAAUCUUUGGCUCUCCAACCAUUUUACCAAAAGGGCAUCAAUGCUGGAAUAGAAGAUGAAGAACAAUGGGAUACCGGCACUGUUAAAGAUAAUGUAACCUCUGAAAUGAAGAGGAACACUGUUUAUAGCUUGACUGUUCCUGAGUUCCAUAAUUUGAUUAAAAAGAUCGAGUCAAUUCAUGAUUUAAUAUGUAAUGAUAUAAGGGAAUCAUUUAAGAUACCAGAAGCUUGCAAUGUAUGGAUUAAGAGAGAAAUAGACAGGAAAUUACCAUUUCAGGAGAAACAUGUUGUGCAACAGGCAUCAAUUCUAGGGAACUUGGAAGAAUUUGGGGUAUUGAAGAACUCUGAUGGAAUGGAUCAAGAUGAUGAAGAAAGACCUGCUGUGGUUGAAUUUGGAGCUGGGAGAGGGUACUUGACACAAAUGCUUGCAGAUUGCUAUGGCACCAAGAGGGUCUUUCUGAUUGAAAGAAAGUCAUACAAACUGAAGGCCGACCGAUCCUUGCGACAGAAAGAGUGCUUGACAAUUGAGCGUUUGAGAAUUGACAUUGAGGACCUGAACUUGAACGCUGUGGAGUCUUUAAGGGAAGUUCCUUUUGUGGCUAUUGGUAAACAUCUCUGUGGCCCUGCAACAGAUUUGACUCUAAGAUGUUGCCUGGGCGGACAAGUGAGUCAAGAAAAUGGUGAACAGUGCACUGGUAAACGCUACAUGAGGGGUCUUUCAAUAGCAACAUGCUGUCAUCAUCUUUGCCAAUGGAAACACUACAUAAAUAAAAAGUAUUUAUCCAGUUUGGGGAUUGCUAAGGAAGAAUUCCAUGCAAUUUCAUGGUUUACCAGCUGGGCAGUAGAUGCUGAUCAUGGUUCAGAUGAUUUUGAUGUUACUGAUAGCACAUUGAAUUUGGAAUCUAUUGGGAAAGAAGUAGGUGGUGAGGUGAAAGGGGGAGUUGAAGAACUUGUGAGGAAUACGAAAGCAGUUGAAAGAGCAGUGUUGGGAUUCAAGUGCAAGCAGAUAAUUGAUAUGGGAAGGUUGAUGUGGAUAAAGGAACGUGGCUUAGUCACAGAAUUUGUUAAGUAUGUCCCAGCAGCCAUCUCUCCUGAAAACCAUUUGCUGAUUGCCAGAUUUACUGACUUCUUGAGGUUGUAAUGUUAACAAUUUUGCUAAAUUUUGGUCGUAAGUUAGUUAGUUUUGCUACAAUAUAUUGUCACUGUGAUUGCCCACAUACAGUUGGAAGUCAGGCUCAGAUUGUUGAGAACUGCCAAUAUUUUUCUGCAUCCUGACCAAGUAUUGAAUAUUUGGGAAAUCAUCACUCAUUGUCGUCUAGAAGAUUAGAAUAUUGUAGUACAAUUAUAUACAUUUUUUCAGACUCAAACUUUAAAUAAUGAUUUUCCCUUUAA